GCUAAUUGGACAUCUUCGCAGCGGAUCACCAUCGUCAUCAUCAUCAUCAGCAGCAGCAGCAGCAUCGCCUUUUCUUACCGCCGCUGAAUCACCCCGAACCUCACGCACACGCAGCAGUCUCACCAUGUUCCCGUCUUCACUCCGCCAAGCCAAGGCCCUCCGCUUACCCCUCAACUCAAAGAAGGCCAACAAGGACUUCUACAAGGGCACUGGCACCGGCAACAUUCUUCGUCGCAAGAGGAUUGCCUCCAUUGACAAGUUUGGGAACAGGCUAAAGGAUGAGCAUGGAAGACCUAGGGAGUGGACGUUGAUGCAGAAACAUAUGGAUGAGAGGAGAUUGCCGAGCUAUGUGGUACCACCGGGUUUGGCAGAUACGACUCUCAAACCCUAUGUCCUAACAGCCUUCACAAAUGCCGCCGCCUCGACCACCCGCUCCACGCCAGCAACAGAGCGAGUCCCUGCGCCUCCAUCAGGCUACUCGGCACCGGCUCUAGCCUCAGCUUCAGCAGACGGUCAAGAUACAGGGAACUUCAAGUUCCCGCCGGGUGGAAUGACGGGAGAGACGUAUACCAGGUUGCAGAGGGCUAUUUGGGAGAGGAGGGUAAUCGAGGCACCUGCUGGCGCUGAGGAGGUGGAGAAGAAGAAAUAGUCCGGGCAGGAAAAUAGAAGAAAGAGAGGUUGAGGACGGAGAAGGAUUCACACUGAUCCGCUGUAUCAUAGCUAUCCAAUCAGCAAGAUCAUGACAUUGACGCA